CCGCCGGUGGAUUGAAGCGGCCUUUGUGCGGGAGCUCGAUGUGGAGCGCAUCGUCGGAAGUGUCGGAAGGAGCGCCGUGUGCAUCGUUGGAAGUGCAGGUGGCGGCGUUACUCUGCUGGGCUGCUCUGGUGGUGGCUGCCGCCCCCGCCGCUGGCGGGGCCUGUGUGUGUGGCCGGGGCACCGAAGGGCACUGCAGCACCUCUAACAGCGGUUCCCUUGAUAGAAUUCCUCUUAAGAAGCAGAAACCGAAGGGCUCCGUUGCUGCUCGCUGCCGUCGGGCUGCAUACGUACCGCCCGUUAGCCCCGCGGACCCACACCGGGAAGUGGCGGGUUUGGAACAAGAUUUGCGCUCGUUCUCCCGCGCAGGGGGAAACGCCGCAUGUGGUCGGCUGUUGCGGAGCUGCGUCGUUUACCUGAUGACUUGCAGUGUGUGGUGGUGUCUUUCAUUUCUGUCCAUCCAACAAAGCCAAACCCAAAUUUUUUCAAGCAUUCUUGUCACCUCUUCUGCUCUGUGGACUCACAGAAACUGACGGGGAAAAGGGAAAGGAGCUUGAUCCUUGUGCUGCACAACCCCUGGGUACAAGCUCCCAACUCUGUACCCUGAAAUAAGUGGCUUAACUGCUCUGCUAUUUCCCUCAAAUUUGUGUGGAUUGAGAUCAAGUAUUUUAUUCUAAACCAGUGUUUCUCAGCUUAAUCAGGUACCUCCUGCUUACUCCUAUGACCCGGUCUUUUCUCAAGAGAUGCACCAUAUUAGUCUUAAGAGCAUUGUCAGCCUUUUUAAUGCAUGGUUUACUUUUUUAGUGUGCAGCACACAUGAACACACCACUUUCUCCUCACACAUUGAUCUUGGCUGCUGGAAAAAUCCACUCAGUAUCCUGAAUGCCUUAGCAGCAGCACUGGAAUUGCUGUGCUUCCUUUAAUUUAAGAUAUGGAUUUCAAUAAAAAAAGCCUUCUGUCAGAUUUAAUUUAGCAGUCUUUAGCAAAAAUCCAAGGACUGAUCUAUGCAGUUUUUACUUAAAGUCUAAGUCUCAGUAAUUACUUUAAUGAGUAAUUAAAAGUGUAGCCUCACUGUGCUGACAUUCCAUGGCUGGAGCAGCUCAGAAGGAUUUGUCUAAUUCUGCUACGGAGUUCCAUGACCCGGCUGCUGCUUGUGGCCCAGCCUCUGACUGAAGAGCUGGGCCAGACCUGUUGCUUUAAUCUUCCUGAAACCUGGUUUACCCAGAUUUUGAACGUUCCCUGACAUAGCUGAAUCUGCUCAGAUUUUUCUAAACCAGACACUGUUCAGAUGUAUCUCAACAACCAAGCCCGGCUCCCCCGAAAACCGCCUAGCACAUAGUACCGUCAGGCGGCACCGGCGGGUUCGUACCACAGCGAGGGGUCGCGGCACGCCGCGAGCUCCGCGGCAGCAGCUUGACAGCACCCGCUGCGGGCGGCUGGCCGCGCGGAGCCCGCGCUUGUCCCUGCCGACGGGAGGGGCGACUUCCGCGGGCCCGGCGCGGCUUCCGGGAGAGGCGGGAGCAGUGGGCGCAGGAGCGGCGCUCGGUUCUGCCGGUUCCGUGCCCUCGGCCGCCGCCAUGGGCCGCAAGAAGCUGCACCGGCCCAUCGCCGCCAUGGCCAAGAAGAUCCGCGAGUACCGGGCGCUGAAGGAUCGGCCGCGGGACUCUCAGCGCUUUGCCGUGGACUACGAGACCAUGCGGCGGCCGCUGACGCAGAAACGGCUGCCCGUGCGGGCCUGGGAGGACGUGCGGAACGAGAACCGCCUGCUGGCGCUGCUCUGCCGCCUGCCGCGCUUCGGCGUGGGCCGCACCGUCACCCGCAAGUCCUGGCUGUGGGCGCACCGCGAGCCCUGCUACUGGGUCAUCACCAAGGUGAAGGCGGACCACACGGCCCAGAACAUGGACCAUGGAAGAGCCUGGGGCUACCUGACCUUCAAAGGUAAAACCGGCUCGUUUUGCCACACCUGGGGGCAGAGUUCGAGAGCAUCGGGCAAAACUGAAGACGAAGUGAGGGAGAUUGACAAAGCCAUGUACCAUGACUGGCGUAUAGUGCCCAAACAUGAGGAGGAAGCCUUUAAGAAAUUCACCCCAGUGCCUGAGGCGACUGGUCAGUUCUUGCCAUACCCACCACUGCUCCGAGCCAUGAUCCUUGCACAGUGGCAGAAGGAGGGAAAACCAAUCAUGGAAGAGCCAAUUAUUGAUCUGGAGAAGGUCCUGGCCUGUCCCCAAGAGUGGGCAAAGAAAAAAGCUACUGGGACACCUGUGUAGAGACUUCUUCAGUGUCUUAAGCAUCCCACGUGCUCUCACUGCCUGUUAGAAGCUCAGUGCACAAAGGGUCUUACAGAGCCCCUCUGUGACCAUUGUCCUAGGAUGUUUCCAGCUUUCUCCUCAGCCCUGUACAGUCACCUCAUCUGAAAGGGAAGAUGCAGAUGUAUUCAGACUCUUCUUCCAUAACUUUGGUUUCAGUAAGCAGAGGGGUCUUCUUGGUUCCCUGGAUAGUCUCUAAAUACAUAGCUUCAGUCAGCCAGCUGCAGUUCUUUGGAGCAUAACAUUUUUUAUAUAACUUGGGUCCUGCAUGAAUCACAGAAAAAUUACUGUAAAUAUCACAGUAUUUCACAGAGCUGUGAAAAAAUGUAUCUUCAAAUGGAAAUAAAUGUUUUCUUAAUUCUGCA